UCGACACCCGCCACUCGUGUCGCGAGCACGUCCAGCUUGCCUCGCGCGCACUGCUUCUACCACACACCCACACACGCGCGUACACAAUUUUAUGCCUCGCGAGUGCAGUGCCGUAUCGUACAAUAGUCACCUAUAUAUACAAGUAUACUUGUAGCAAAGUUUUGUAUGCGUGGAUCUAGGCUUGUACGCACCAAGCUCUCAUCCUCGAGCAUCGGCGCUAUGUCACACCAGUGCAGUGCAGUGCUGCACAUCUCGUGCCUAUUCCUGUGAUGAUACCUUAUACGUAUACAAGUAUCAACGAUACAUGUAUAGACGAUGGAAUGAAGCAGUCAAAUCGAUUUCGCCUCGUCGUCGUCGUCGUGAACGCACGGCUUCGCUGCUGAACCCUUGUCAUCGUCGUUGAAUCCGCACACAUGCACUUUUCUCUCUAUAUGCAAGACUGCAUACGAUUUUGUCAACUACUGUUACGUACUACUUCUUCCGGCCUACUGCAGGUAGAUGAGCUCUUCAAGAAGUCGUUCGCACUCUGCAAAACCCGAUGCUCCUUACCAAUGAAAGUAAAAUUGCGAGUGACAUUCUGUAAUCAGGCAUCAUCAUCGUAAGGGGUAAUAAGAAAAAUUAAAAACAGUAAAGUGAAAGCAGCGAAGCAGCCGAUCGAUCGAGGUGCAUACAAUCAAAGCUGGAGUAAGCGCGAGAGAGUUGAUAUGCGGGCAUGUGGAUGCGCUGGGAGCACCUAGGCGUCAGGCUCGGCUCCCUCGUGUUCGUCGGCCACGUCCUCUUGCUUCUCGUAAUCGGGGCCAGCAGUAGACUCGGCGAUGCAGCCAACACCGUUAAAAGCGACGCCGUUAGGCCCGCAUCGGUGGCGAAACCUCUACCGGUUCGGGCACUCGCCGAUUCCGAGUUACCUGUCACGCCAUCAAUCAAGCGGAUCGAAGAAAUGUUCGAUAACGUCACUGGCGGCAGCAAAGUCGCUACUAGAGUGCCGGUGACCGGAACAACGGAAACCAACUCGCCGAUAGUGCCUCCCACCUUCCUCAGCGAAACUCUUACUUGCCAACCUUAUCAAGGUAUCUACGUCAACCACGUCUACUUCCAGUUAGCCAACGCCUUCUUUCUUCUCUCGCAUCUUGCCCCGAAUGGUUUGCACGGAGUCCUUUAUUUGCGAUGCACACUGCUCGUCGGUUGUGCCUUCUUGGCCGGCUGGGCCUGGACUAUUGCUUGCUGGAUAGACGCUGCCCUUUGGAAUAUACUCUUCGUACUCAUUAAUUUGAUCCACGUAUGCGUUCUCAUCUACAGACUAAGGCCUGUUAGAUUUUCUAAAGAAAUAGAAGAGGUGUACAGAGCAGUCUUUCAGCCACUUCGUGUAUCUCGGCAUCAGUUUAAAAAAGUUUUAAGUUGCAUGAAACUCAUAAGACAACUUAAAUAUCAAGAAGUAUAUGCUCAAGAAAAAGUUACCAAAGUCGAUUCACUUUCCUUGGUACUUUCGGGAAAAUUGGUCGUUUCACAAAAUGGAAAAGCUUUACACAUUGUCUUUCCUCACCAAUUUUUAGAUUCUCCGGAAUGGUUUGGUGUUUCAACGGACGAAUUUUUCCAGGUAUCUAUUACUGCUAUGGAAGACUCUAGAGUAUUACUGUGGCAUCGUGACAAAUUGAAAUUAAGCAUAAUAAGUGAUCAAUUCCUACAGGCAGUUUUUGAUCAUAUUCUUGGUAGAGAUGUUGUCAAAAAACUCAUGCAGGUAAGCGAGACAAUGGCUGCUAGUCAUCAGCAACAAAAUGGCCAAGUGGUAAAUCUUGGUAGUGGUAUUGCCAAUAACCACGACACUGAACUCGAUGCCAAAAUGUUCGUCGUAAAAAAAACUGAUGAUAGCCAAGGUAUUACUGCUUUAAUAAGCAGACAGCUGCAAGGUUUACCUAGGAUUAAAUACUAUUACUGUGCUGCUGGAGAUCCAAAUGCUUGGCGCUUAGGAAGGAUUGAAGAGACUGAUCAUGAGACACCUGUUUAAUGCUAAAAUAUAUUAAAAAAUUUCUAUAAAAAUUAUUGUUAUGCUUAACUCGUGGCAAAAUAUUGCGAUACGAAAUUGAAUACAUAAUUUAGAAGUAUCUUUUAAUUUCCAUUCAAUAGGGAAAUGAAUGAAUAAAAACACAAUAAAUUAAGGCACACAUGGGCUCAACUUUGCUUAGAAAAACACUGGCUCCAAUGUAAUAAUUAACAUUUUGCCAUUAUGUUUGUAUGUGCGUGUUUACAAGAGUGAAACAUAAAAUUUCUAUAGCUAAUGAACUUAAAAAAAAAAGAUGAUAAAUGUGCUCAGUAGUUGCAUCAUAUGACUGCAGGUGUAAAAUAAUUUAUUCUAAGAUGCUUCAUUAAAAAAGCAGAGAUCCAUGAUAAAUCAUCUAUUUAAUGAAUAUAACGUAAAUUUGGAUCAUGCCAUGAAUCAUACAUUAUGUAUUAUAACGUUAUUCAAACUAAAACUCUACCUGCAAUUUAAAAUUGAAUGAAACAUAAUAUUCGUAUUAAUUCAAACUUUCCAAAAGUACAACUGCAAUAAAAGUGAUUGAUUGUUAUUUAUGUUAUAUGCUGUUUUCAAUAGAUAAUAACUUUUCAUUUUCUGCCUGGCAUAUGAUGAUGGAGGUUUACAUAACUUAGGAAUGUUGUUGAUUGAUUGUAAGGUAAAAGUCAUGUCUUUCAAGUAAUAGAACGAAUCAAUGCAAAUGGCUAUGUUGAUAAAUGUAUGCAUUUAUAAUAUAUGUAUUAUUACUGUUCAAAGUUAGUACUUACAUUAUUUAGUGACCGUUAAAAAUUUAUGUAAAAUAUCCAAUAUGAUAAUUAGGAAUUACUUAUAUUUUAACAAGUAAAUCUAACAUACCUUACUCAAUUAGAAUAUCCUUUGAACUUAUCAAGUAAUGUUCAAUCUGUGUUUAACAUAAUUUUCUUGUAUUAAUAUUAAAAGAUUUUUUAUACUACAAAAUGAAUGUAAAUUCUCUUAUAAUUGAAAAUAGUUAUCUUUAUGCACAUAUUUUAAUUUUUACAAAAUCUAAAUUCUCCUGAAAAAAAGUGAUAGAAUCUAAUUGAGCAAGAUAUUCUUUUUCAGUAAUUUCUUCUUUUCUAGGAAAUAACAAAUUUAAACAACAAAGGUCAUAAAUCUGCACUGGUUAAUGUCAUCUAUGUUUUUAAAAAAGUAGUUUGUACUGCCACUAUCAAACUUCUGUACUUGAUUGAAUUCUUUUUAUUGAAUGUCAAUGAUUAUAUUAGAAGUAUUCUCACAUUCAAUUAAUUAACAAACCAUCAAAAUAUUUUUAAACCAAUAGUUUGAUGUUUAUAUUUUUUUAA